CAUAGGCCCAUGCAUCGCACAAAAUGAAAAUGUUUGCUGGCUUCCAGAAGUUUGGUUCUAGGCGCUGCUUGUUUUGGUGGUUGCUAUCUCUCCACCUGCAGCAAACAACUCUUGUGCCGUUGCUUUCCUCGCAGCAUUCGGCAGUGAACCCGUUUACCUGUUUUGCACGUCGCUUAGCAUUGACAUCAAACCCUUCUCGUGUGUUACCUUCAGCCUCAGUCGGCGGUCCGAACUCGUCUUAUGCUGCUCCUAGCCGCGGAGGUAGUGUGAAAUUACCGCAAGAACAGGCUUCCACUUCCUCUUCGGAUCGCACAACUGUCACGGCUCUCGACGUGAACCUCGAUAAACGCGGACCUGUGCCAAUCCCAUGGGCGUACCGAGAAGCGCCUGAACUGGUGUGGCGCGACUUCCUGCGCGAGAGAGGCUACGAGCUCGACUCUGUCCUGUCUGAGGGAUCCUUCGGACGUGUCUGGAAGUGCCGUCGGCUGCAUUGUCGUAGUGGAGACGAAGGUAAAAGUAAGUGUGGUGUUGUCGCUGUGAAGAUCCCAAUGGGCGGACGGGGAGUGGCUGUGCUUGAGCGGCAGGUUGCACAAGCUACCGCGCGUGGGGAAAGCGGUAGAGGACGAGCGAACAAGUUGCUGACGUUCGAAAACGACGCAGAGGUGGACGCUCUGUAUAGAGAGUAUGGAGUGCUUGCUGAGCUUUGUCGCAAAGUCUCGCCAGACGUAUCAAUGCGUCGACUUUUGACCUGCGACGACCUCGCGCUUCAUGGCUCAGAAAACAAUGCGAAUCUGGUCUUCCUCGCAAUGGAAUGGGUACUGUUUGAUGUACUCUGUGCUCGAUCGCUACCUAUCAACAUACAUUCAUAAGUAGUACGUUCAUCAUAGCUGGUAGUCUAUGUCUAGGUCUGUGAAUAAGUAGUUUGGGAUUUCAUGUUCAUCAACAAUAUCAUUAUCAAUCUGCAACGCUCAGGACAGGACAGAUUUUACCACAGGUACCCGGAAAGGAACUUCGCGAGUGGCUAGAGUCACUCUCACACGCACGCAGUCACGUCGAUGCGCAGGCGAAGGCAAUCGCGAGGCUGCAGCCCAAAAAUGCUGGUGAGCAGCGUGAACUUGCGCGCCGUCGUGUCGCUCUACAUUAUGUGUAGGCUAAAGGUGUUCCUGUUGUUGUUUGCUUUGCCUCUCCUAAGGGAGAAAGGCAGAACAAGCGGGAAACAGAAACGCAAAAGCCCUGCCUCUAACUACAGCAACAGGGCCGAAGCCUGAACGAGAACUCAGCAGCACUGAGCCGAGAGCUUCUUCGUUUGCAGAUCUUGAUCCAACGGUCGGGACUCCAACACCGCGAUUUGAAGCCUGAAAACAUCCUAGUCUUGCAGGAGGACCAGGACCAAGUUGGUGGGUCCUCUAGGAAUAUGUCUUCAAGUUCGGUCAGUGUUGCGUCUUUAAGGCUACCGCUGAAGCUGCAUCCCCAACGACAUCCUGCUUGGCCCGUUUUCUACUUGAAAACGAAGCCAAAGUUGCUGUCAGGGAUGCAAACGUGGCAGCCCAAGCUCUAAUGUUUGCUUUGUCAAGUGGACAGAUGAACCUCCUCGGAGGUAGUUCUAGUGGCAAUACGAAGCUGCGCAUCAAACUUGUGGAUUUCGGCUCGUCUAUCUUCGUACCAGGCGCGGUGCCUCCAGUUAGUAGUUCUCCUGGAGCGGUUGGUGCAGAGCGAACGCCAACGACCGCGCGCGACCUCCUCGUUCGUUUCGGUGGUCUCGCGGAAGACCCGAAGGAGCUUCAAGGCGGUGGUACUGUAGGUUUCCUACAGCCCGCGUUGGACGCGAACCAAGAUACGAGCCCAGAUCAGUUUGCUCUCGGUCUCUUGCUCUAUUACCUCCACCAGGACCAGAACGGACAUCGAUCCUUAGACGAGUGCAUCCUGUUCAUAGGGAUGCUCUACGCGCUAUCCGGAGCGGGCACGUUCAGCAUGAAGCAGCGAGCAGUGGACUACGCCGGCGCGUUAGUGGCAGAGUACGUGGAUGGCCAGCAUGAGACCUGGUUUCCCGGCUUAGCGAGAAGUGUAGCACGUGACUCAGGCAGGAACGUUUCGCCUCUACCUCCAGCGAACUCAUCGCCGUUUGGUUCUGUUGGGGUGCGAGUACGGAAUUGGCAGAACCUCCAAAGCGCCAGCGCUGAGCAAAACAUCAAUAAAGGAGAUCGAGAUCCUACAUCAUCAUCGACAUCAACAAAGGAUAUCACCCUAGAAAAGAUCUUUGAUCUUGUAGCCUUGCAUGUCCACAACUAUAAAAUGGCACUGCGCACUGGUGAGAAGCGGAUCAUUGACAAUUUGGAUCUGCUAAACCGCGGAAAUAGUUAAGAGGAGGUUGUUGAAAUGGUCACCGUUUGUCUUACCUCGGAAAUAGUUAAGAGGAGGUCACCGUUUGUCUUACCUCUCCUAAGGGAGAAAGACAGAACACAGGGGAAACAGAAACGCGAAUACCUCCAAAAUCCUACCUCUAAAAUAAUGCGGCCCCUCUUCAUGAGAAGAACAUCGUGUUCGCCACGAUGGUGUCUGCAAUGCUGGACCUGAAAAUGGGUCGCGAAUCCCAUUACAUCAGCCCAGUCUUCAUGUGGCGACAUCUCAAUCCUGAAUCCUUCGCGCCGCUGUCGAAAAUGCCAGCAUUGCCAAGUAGUGCAUUGCUCAACACAGGAGAACCAGAAGACGCAGCAGCAACACUUCUGUCGCGUUCGCAUCUUCAUACGAGAGGACAGCUACCAGUACCACCAUCUCUACCUACUUCAACCGUAGGAGCAGCGGUCAAUGCAAGAGGAGCACCAGACACAACAGCAUCCGACUUUCUGCAGCACCCAAACGCUUCUGCUGGAGAUGAGCAUGUUUUUGUCUACUGGCCGUGGCUGCUGGGUGCCUGCGCGCUUCUUUUCAGUGUCGGAGUCGUGGCGAUUUGCGCUCAGCUGUGCAUGUUGCGAUACGACCGCAAGGGACGCGCACAGCCACGCGACGCACCUUUGCUGCGCAGCAGCAAAAGCAAGCCGCUCGUUCUCACGUCCGGAAGCAAGCAUCAAGAUGCGGCGCUACACUGUCACUGAGUACUCGUAGUCAAUUGUAGGUAGCUUUAGAUUUAGUAGACGCCAGUAAGCUUGAUUGUCAUUCGUAUUCUAUUUCAACAUAUCAAAUUCAAAGAAUUUGCGUGUCAUGAUUCAGGAUUACGGUAUUUUCCUCAUCUUCGUAGGAGAAUCAUGUUUGAUGUUUCCCUAAGACGAAUGGAAGUACACGGUCUACUAAACUAUCAGCAACUUCCCCUUCGACUUCUUCUCUCAUAUUUCCAAAUUUUCCUCUCCUCGUCUUACCAUGAUGAUUUGCGACGGGUGAAUCACAGAAACUAGAACAGAGUCUAAGACUUGUUCCGCGGCAUCAACAUGUGAGAGGCUCUGAAGGUUCUCUGACUCUGUGCAUGUGACGGACACACAUAUUUCGAUGCCCUGAUAUUGAUCCACUAUUACUGCUACUAACACUGAAAAUUGCUCAGAAGAUUAGGUGGGCAGGAAAACAAGAACUGAGUCUUCUAGAACAUAGUCGUGCAUAGGAGUCCUUGUGAUCUAGAAAGGUUGAUCAUCUUUAUCGUUUUUUUACCAUUUUCCGUUUUGAGCACCCGAUAAUGAAAACAUAAUUUUCGUUUUUCCACCAUCAAGAAUAAUUUUGAUCAUCGUCGAAAUCGAAUCAUUUUAUCGCACCUCAAUUUUCGCUCUACAUGGAAAGAUUGUUGAGAUCUUCUCCAUUGUGGACCAUCUUCUCAUACUAGAAACAUCCUUGUUGUUUGCAAAAUACAACUUACUUGUGCUGGAAUGCUGAUCAGAUUUAUUCCCUAUAUGUUUUUAUCCCGUCACUUCUGGCACAAGUACAUGUACAUACGAAAAAUAAUACAAGGGCGCUAUCCACUGUCACAGAUCAGCAUAAGCAUGAGUUUCCGAAAUAGAAGACAUUGAUAUAGAAUUAGAAAGAGAAGAUAGAAGCACUAGCACAACAUAAAAAAGAUAAACAUAUGCAUAUCUUAUCAUGUAAAUAAUAUUUAAGCCAGCAUUGCCAUUGCGUCUUCUUCUAUCUAUCGAUAUUAAGGAACAAGAUAGUAAUCCAUCGGCGUGGAGUCCUGCAUUUUUGAAUCUCGAUUUUGGAAGAUGAAAACCAUUCUGUCGACGUCAUUGACUCGCUAGUACUUCUGAGUACACGACAAUUCAAUUAUAUAUAUGGAAUGCAGGGGCCAGGGCCAGCAGGGCGACUUUGAUCUUGAUUGAUGAGAUUGACGAGGACCUUUGUCUUGUGAU